GAGACGGUUUAACUCAUGCCCCAUUUCUGCUUGUUUGCAUCUUUUCAGACUGGCGAAUGUUACGCACCGGAAGUUUGCUGCAAACAGCAAUCCCUGCUGUCCCAAUCGACCGUCCUGACGAACGAAGGUUACGUCGUUAAGGUACCGGAAAAUCAGUACCUCCCACCGGAGGGUCAAAACACCGUCACAAACAUUCAAACCGCACCACCCCCACCACCACCCACUACACCUCGCCCACCACCCACCACUACACGCUAUGUACCACCGCCGACCACUACACGCUAUGUACCACCACCGACCACCACGCGGUACGUGCCACCACCAACCACCACCCGGUACGUGCCACCGCCAACGACAACGCGCUACUUCCCACCACCGACCACCACGCGCCCACCAUUCCGCGCCGAAGAGUACAUUCCACCCAGGGAGGAAGUGCCUGCCCCGUCCAAUGACGACCCUAACAAGAUCAGACCUCCACAGGACGAGAUCCCGAACCCGGCCAACGAUACUCCGGUCGUCAUCCGACCGACCACGCCCCGUCCAUUCCAGCCACCACGUCCGCAGGGUCCGGAAGCUCCACCACCACUGCCGCCGGUAGGAUGCUCGGCCGCCAUGAACUGUACCGAGGAGGAGUACUGUUCCUCGACCGGUGUCAUCUCAAAGACUCCCGUGGUGUUGACCGAGGAGCAGAAGUUGUUCCGCGUCCCGGUGACGGCUUGUCGAAACUUGGAGCGAGGAUUCACGGGGGUUUGUUGUCGCGAUCCGGACUACGUUGAUCCGUGGCCAGUCGGUCAGCUCGGACAGUACAACCCGGAAAUUCUAGGCUUCGACGAUGGUUCGUACAAACCGAACGGAAACGGUAAUGGUAACGGUAAUGGCAACGGAAACGGUAACGGACGCCGUCCAGGCGAACCGAUCCAGGCGUCACCGUCCCAGGUAACGUCCACACAAUCGUUUGCACCGAACCAGUUCGUCAGCCAGACGGCCUCAGUGACACAGAGCAAAUCGCAGUACGAUCGGGGCGUAACAGCGUCCGCUUCCUUCCAGUCUACCGUCGGCCAGCGCGUUAAUGCCGUACCGUCCGGGCUGCAGUUUACCAACAGUGGCAACACCCGGUUCCGCCCGUUCCAGAACCAACGAUCGGAGAGCACUUUCGCUAAGCCGCAACAGUGUGCCCCGCGAAACUAUAACACUCAGCCACGAGGUGCAGGACCUUUGGGUACCGGAUUCGGCGAGUUCCCGUGGCAGGCGAUGGUGCUGCUGGAGACCAACAAGACUCUGCUGUGCGGUGGAGCCAUCAUUUCGGAUAACACCGUCGUAACUGCGGCCAACUGUGUCUAUGGACUGAACCCACGUACGAUUCAAAUCAAGGGAGGCGAAUGGCGCCUGGGAGUUGACGCAGAACCAAAGACAUUCCAGAUCGUGCGCGUGAAGGACAUCGUGUACCAUCCGGCUUACAAUCCGACCACGCUGAACUACGACGUCGCCAUGCUGGUGCUGGAGGAUCGCCUCAAGUUCGAUACGCACAUCGGUGCUAUCUGUCUGGAUGAGAACGAUGUUGUGCCGAGCGCUUCGUACGAGAACUGUGUGACCACUGGUUGGGGCAAGGAAGUACUUAAGAUUCACAUUCAAAACGCGCUGAUGCACCAGAUGUCGAUCUCGUUGCUGUCGGAAGCGGAAAGCCAAAGCCAGCUGCAGCGAAACGGAUUCGCACCGGAAUCGCACAUCUGCGGCCGUCCGUCCGGUGAUGCCUGUGAGGUUGAUGUGGGCAGUGCGCUGGCCUGUGCCGAUACGAGCGGUGCGUACUAUCUGAAGGGUGUCUACUCGGCCGACAACGGAUGCAACCGUCCGGAUCAGAUCGUUUCGUUCUCGAACAUCGAUGUGCAGUGGAUCAAGCAGGCGCUGAAGAACCCGAACCAGUUCAUUACGCCCGUUCCGAACUAUCAGACCGCGGCCAACAGUCCAACGGUGACGCGAGUACAGCUCCAGUCCACCCAGGGCCCGGCGUACAGCAACAAGUACCUGCCCCCGUACUAGACCCACGGAGUUAGCAGACACGGCAGAGCAAAGCACCAACACCAACCUAAUUAACAUCCAGUGAUAGUACACGAAUACAAGAAACACACGUACACGCUAGGAAAACGGAACCGAUCCGUUGAGAAGGUCCUUGACGACUGUCCUGCGUCCAACACACAUACACAACGCAUUACGCAUACCAUUUCACACGUAACAUCAUUAUUACACGCGCAUUACAUUGAGGAAGACGCAAACAAACCAACACAGCCACACCAGCCAUUUGGUGGUGUGCUACUUAGGCGUUUAAGAGAAUCUUUUCCCCCAUUUCACACACACACACACACCAUCAAGCAGAACAAGAAAGGACAAUCCGAAAGUCGGAUGUUCAAACACACACACAUACACACUUUUCCAACAACACACACGAUUACUCUCGUCACCAUCUUCUUCACUCGAUACGUCCCAACGUGCUCACGUGGAGGCCCCACGUGUCUGUGCAGAUGAGCAUCCGUCAUCACGUCACCAGCCUUAGCCUUUAAGUGUCCCCGUCUUUGUAUUUUUACGUAAUUCAAGAAAAUAGCGCUCGUAUCCAAGAUCUAGAACGGUAGUAAGUUAAUCGUUUUAUCAUCAUAGCAGCACAUGACACGUCUGUGCCUGGUGUUGAAGCACAUGGCAACUCCAAUCUAAUCAGCACAAGAUCGAUGGAAAACCCCGAGAUGUUACCAGUUUAAAGCACAAAUUAUUAUCAACAAUUUCGGAAAGGCUCACAAGGACACACUAGCGACCCCGGGCGUGAAGCGGAAGCACUGGCGUGACGUUACUAUCUUUUUACAUCUGUAAUAUUAUUUAAUUACCUGUACAUAAUAAAUAAUGUAAGCUUUCAUCGUUUUUAGGAAA